GACGCUCCGGCCGCUCCCCCUGGAUCUGCGCGUCCUGGGCCGCUGAGGUGCAGUGCUCAGCGCGGACUCCCAAGCAGGUUGUGCGAGGAGCCCAGCAUGUGGAAGUGGCGUGCGGGGCAAGAGGGCGUGGCAGGCAGCUAGCUUCCCGGUCCUAGUUGCGUCCCCGGCCCCGAGGCCACUGGCGGCCACCCCUGCCCCAGGAGAGGUGGUAACGCGGCAUUCCCCUCUGCGCCGCCGUUUCCCGGGCGGCGUGGCUCUGCCUCCGGGCGUGGCCCGAGGCGGGACGAGCCUGGCGUCUGGUGUGGGGUGCCACGGCCCCUCAGACUGGGCCGUGAGCUGCUGCUGGGGGAACAGCUUGGUUUCUCUCUCAGGACGUCGUUUUGGCGCCCUGCCUCGUGAUCCCCGUGGGAGACCCGCCCGGGCUGAGGCUCGUCCGUCCGCACCGUUACUCCGCCUAACGGCCCGCGUCGUGGAGCAUAUCUGUUAAGAUGUCUUAGAAAAAGAACCAUGGAGAAGUAUGUUAGACUACAGAAGAUUGGAGAAGGUUCAUUUGGAAAAGCCAUUCUUGUUAAAUCUACAGAAGAUGGCAGACAAUAUGUUAUCAAGGAAAUUAACAUCUCAAGAAUGUCCAGUAAAGAAAGGGAAGAGUCAAGGAGAGAAGUUGCAGUGUUGGCAAACAUGAAGCACCCAAACAUCGUCCAGUACAGAGAAUCGUUUGAAGAAAAUGGCUCUCUCUACAUAGUGAUGGAUUAUUGUGAAGGCGGGGAUCUGUUUAAACGAAUUAAUGCUCAGAAAGGCAUUUUCUUUCAAGAGGAUCAGAUUUUGGACUGGUUUGUACAGAUAUGUUUGGCCUUGAAACACAUACACGAUAGAAAAAUUCUUCACCGAGACAUAAAAUCACAGAACAUAUUUUUAACCAAAGGUGGGACAAUACAACUUGGAGAUUUUGGAAUCGCUAGAGUUCUUAAUAGUACUGUAGAGCUGGCUCGCACUUGCAUAGGGACCCCGUAUUACUUGUCACCUGAAAUCUGUGAAAACAAACCUUACAAUAACAAAAGUGACAUUUGGGCCCUGGGGUGUGUCCUUUAUGAGAUGUGUACACUUAAACAUGCAUUUGAAGCUGGCAAUAUGAAAAACCUGGUACUGAAGAUAAUAUCUGGAUCCUUUCCACCUGUGUCCUUGCAUUAUUCUUAUGAUCUCCGCAGUUUGCUCUCUCAGUUAUUUAAAAGAAAUCCUAGGAAUAGACCAUCAGUCAACUCCAUAUUGGAGAAAGGUUUUAUAGCUAAACGCAUUGAAAACUUUCUCUCACCUCAGCUUAUUGCCGAAGAAUUUUGUCUAAAAACAUUUUCCAAGUUUGGAGCACAGCCUAUACCAGCUAAAAGACCAACUUCAGGACAAAGCUUGGCUUCUGUUGUGCCUGCUCAGAAAAUUACAAAGCCUGCUGCUAAAUAUGGAGUACCUUUAACAUAUAAGAAAUUUGGAGAUAAAAAAUUACAUGAAAAGAAACCACUCCAAAAACAUAAACAGGCCCAUCAAACUCCAUUGAAGAAAGUGAAUCGUGUAGAAGAAAGGAGGAAAAUGUUUGAGGAGGCACCAAGAAAGAGAAGGUCGGAAUUUACUGAAAAAGAAAAGAAACAAAAGGACCAGUUGGAGAGAACAAAUAGGGCCAGGGAGCAAGGCUGGAGGGACGUGCUAAGCGCCGGAGGAGGUGGUGAAGUGAAGGCUCCCUUUUUUGGCAGUGGAGGGGCUGUGGCUCCAUCUUCUUUUGCUUCUCGAGGACAAUAUGAACACUAUCAUGCUAUUUUUGAUCAAAUGCAGCAACAAAGAGCACAAGAUAAUGAAGCUAAAUGGAAAGGAGAACUAUGUAGCCGAAGGCUUCCAGAAAGGCAGAAGGGACAGCAAGCUGUGGAAAGGGCGCGGCAAGUGGAGGAGUUCCUGCAGCGGAAACAAGAGGCGCGGCGGAACAAGGCUCGGGCGGAAGGACAUACGGGGAUCCUGCAAACGCUGGCAGCUCUGUAUGGAGGCAGGCCCAGCUCUUCAAGAGGAGGGAAGCCGAGAAACAAAGAGGAAGAGGUUUAUCUUGCAAGGCUGAGACAAAUAAGACUGCAAAAUUUCAAUGAGCGCCAGCAGAUUAGAGCCAAACUUCGUGGAGAAAAGAACGAAACUGAUGAUUCGGAAGGACAGGAAGGAAGUGAGGGAGCUGACCUGCGGCGUAAGAAAGUGGAAAUGCUCAAGGCCCAGGCGAGCGCGCGCGCCGCGGUGCUGAAGGAGCAGCUGGAGCGCAAGAGAAGGGACGCCUACGAGAGGGAGCGGAGGGUGUGGGGCGAGCAGCUGGUGGCUGAAGGAGCGAAGGGUCCCUUCACACUCGCGCCUUUGGGACAGCAGGGAGCGGGCGGCUCUCCGUCAAGGCGACAGAGGGGAUCUGUCAUCUCUGUCACUUCAGCUUUGAAAGAAGUGGGUAUGGACAGCGGCUUAACUGAUACCCAGGAAACCUCAGAAGAAAUGCAGAAGACUAACAAUGCUAUUUCAAGUAAGCGAGAAAUACUGCGUAGAUUAAAUCAAAAUCUUAAAGCUCAAGAAGAUGAAAAAGAAAAGCACUCUGGUGUGUGUGAGAUAAUUGUUCAUGAAGCUGCCAAAGAAUGUGAGCAAGAAAAAUCGGUUUCAUCUGAUCGGAAGAAAUGGGAAGCAGGAGGUCAGCUGGUGAUUCCUCUGGGUGGUUUGACAUUGGAUACGUCCUUCUCUGCAACUGAAAAACAUACAGUGGGUGAGGUUAUUAAGUUAGAUCCUGGUGGAUCUCCAAGAAAAGUCUGGGGAAAAAGUCCUACAGAUUCAAUUCUGAAGGUACUUGGAGAAGCUGAACUACAACUUCAGACGGAACUAUUGGAAAAUACAUCCACUAGAAAUGAGAUUUCUCUUGAAGGAGAGAAGUACAAACCCUCAGUUACUGGGGAAGAAAGAAUAACAUGUAUUUCACUUGAAAUGAAUCCAUCAGCCGCUGUUGGUUCUUCCAUUGAGACGGACAGUCCAAAGCCGAGUGAGACACCUCCACAUAUGUCACUGAAAACAGAGGGAAAUUUGGAUGAACCUGACGACUUGGAAACAGAAAUUCUGCAAGAACCAAGCAGAGCAAACAAAGACGGCAGCUUGCCGCGCGGGGCCGUCAAUGUGUGGGUCAGUGAGACAGAAGGAACGGAAACUGAAGCGCUUUCCUUUCUAGUGGACUGUUUACUGAUGAUAUCCAUCUGCGGCAGGUUGGAAGACAGGGUCACCGUUCAGCAAAAUGAAGUUUCUGAAGAUGGCAUCUCAAGGACUGUGGACCACAGUAGUGAAGUUCAGAUAGAACCUGGAGUAGAUGGUUCUCAGCCCUCUGAGUGUGAUGGAGAGAAGUCUGUGCAGCCAGAGCCAUUCUUCCACAGAGUGGUUCAUUCCGGACACCUGCUCGCAGCCCCGCAGGUCCAGUCAGCUCUCUGCUCACCAGAAGAAUCCUUUCCACUUCGAUGUCACUCUGAUUCACCCCCAAACCACAAAAACAAGAAUUCCUUGCUGAUUGGACUUUCAACCGGGCUGUUCGAUGCAAACAACCCAAAGAUGUUGAGGACAUGUUCACUCCCAGAUCUCUCGAAGCUCUUCAGAACUCUGAUGGAUGUUCCCACUGUAGGGGAUGCACGCCAGGGCAAUCUUGAAAUAGAUGAACUGGAAGAUGAGCACAUUAAAGAGGAACCUUCUGAUUCUGAAGACAUUGUGUUUGAAGAAUCUGACACAGACCUGCAGGCGCUGCAGGCCUCAAUGGAGCAGCUGCUCAGGGAGCGGCCGGGGGAUGCGGGCAGCGAGGAGGAGGAGCCGGGGCUGCAGAGCAGGGCCAGGGAGCCGCCCGCCCCCGGGCCCGAGCUGGCGGAGGACGACAACCCCAGCAGCGAGAGCGCCCUGAACGAAGACUGGCACUCAGAUGACAGUGAUGGUGAGAUCACUAGUGAAUGUGAAUGCGAUAGUGUCUUUAACCACUUAGAGGAACUGAGACUUCACCUAGAACAGGAAAUGGGCUUUGAAAAGUUCUUUGGGGUUUAUGAGAAAAUAAAGGCUAUUCAUGAGGAUGAAGAUGAAAAUAUUGAGGUCUGUUCAACAAUAGUUCAGAAUAUUUUGGGAAAUGAACAUCAGCACCUUUAUGCUAAGAUUCUUCAUUUAGUCAUGGCAGAUGGAGCCUAUCAAGAAGAUAAUGACGAAUAAUCCUCAGAGUAUUCUUUAAUCCUCACCUGUAUGGAAGCAUUCACAUUUGGCUCCUAAGAAUAACAAGCUUCAGUGGGAAAUGUAGCAAUAUUUCAUAAAUGAAAUAUCAGGUUUAAGGUGGGCAUGCUGAGUUCAUGAAGAAAAUGGAGAAAUAUACCAUUUUCAACUAAGUUUCUGGCAUUUUAUCUAUUUUAUUUUGUUCGUUGAGUUUAGUUACCACCUACAGAAUACGUGCUUUAUAAGUCAUACAGGGAAGGUUUAAGAGGCUGACAGAACUGGUUGUACUCGUUUUGAAGAAGAUUUACCGCAGGCGUCAGAGGCUGACUGAAAACUGGACCUACUGGUUUGAAGAUUCACCAAGCAGCAAGGUAACUUUCCCUUUCAGCAAAGGCCUUCUGGCUGCAAGAACUGCUCUUGUCGUGGAAGACCUGCUCAGGGCUUUUCAGUCACGGGUUCAAGGGCGACCUUUCUUCUGUCCGGCCGGUGACUUGGUGUCGCCUUGUCACGGGCCCUGUUCAAGUCUUUACAUUGUGAAGAUGGAAAUUUUAGCCUUAAAGUUUGUAUUCUGUUCUUUUUCAACCAGUGUGUCUCCUGAACUAGCUCAGUGGAAACAGGCUGUAGAAAGUCUUAGAAAUCGUUGAAAAUUUUGAUUACAAAAGAAUGGCAGAAUUAUAUUUCCUAAUAUUUAAAGUUGGUUAAUUGCUUCUGUUUCUCUUUAAGGACCAGAGCCAGGAAUAUCCUAUAUAAAAAUUAGCCUGUGAAUCCUGGUACUGACCCAGUGUAUGACGUAGAAUUGCCCUUUUUGUUCCUCCCUUUCUCUCAUGCUGUGCUUCGAGGCCAGUAUGAAACUAAAAAGGAAAAAGGAAUUGUUUUUAUUUUGACCCUGUGACAGUUCUGGUAACUAGUAUUCCAAAGGGAAGAAAUGUUUGCCUCUUUUAUUUCCAUUAUGAGAGGCUUUAGUUAAGUCAUUUAGAUGAUGGUCACACAGCUUCAGCUGCAAUACGCCAAGUAUUACGUUUCAUUAGACGUGUCUGAAUCCCAGCUGCUUUUAGUAGUAAGAGCAGAAUUUUUGAAAUUCUGAAUACAAAGCAGCCUGAUGGGCAUAAUUUACAAUUUGAACGAUUAAAUCUUAUCUUGCAGCACUAUCAGUACAAUGCUGAAUUUGUUACGUAUAUUAUUUCUAACAUCCACAACUAAAUACUUGAUUUUUAUAUGUUUGUUUAUUUUAUGGUAUUACUAUUAAAUUUUUAUUAACUA